AUGGCCACUCUACGGGAAACCUCCCGAAUAACUCGGGCCAUCUGCAGGCAGCGCUCGCCGUGGCAUUUGACACCUCUUGUCGCCCAGCGAUGCGCAUCCACCAGCGCCACGAAGGCUGAGCUGGCUGACCUCGAGGCCGGCUCGUCCCUGGCUGCGCCGGGCCCCGACGAUGCUGCCGUGCAAGCUUUCAACACGGCGAAGCGUACGUCUGAGAGACCGCAGCAGCUUCCCGGAAACAGAUACCAGUACCACCCCCCUAAGUUCGAUCGAGGCCCUUUGCACCCGAUUCAAUCACCUCCCUCCUCCGACCCCACAGCGAGAGACUUCGUUCCCGGACCGUUCAACAUCCCCCGCCUGCGCCAGACUUACGAUGCGACCGUCGCCUCAGACCUUCUCACAAUGACCUACCUCCAUAAGCCCCCCGGAACACCAGAGCGGGAGGUGCGAGAGCGGUUAAGGGCGUGGGACGACUCCUCGCCGUACAACAAGAACCGUCCGCUCCGCGGGCCCAGAGGUGGAAGCAAGCUCGACGUGCUAGAGAAGAACAUCAACUGGCGCAACAUCCCCGAGAUCAAGGCCGUCUCGCUGCACGCCUUCAUGCCCACGGCCGCUAAGGUCCCCGGAACGCUGCAUGUCGCCCGCUCCGUCAUCCAGUCCAUCAGCGGCAACUGUCCCGAGGUCACCAAGACCAAGAACAACGUUGUUCAGUGGAAGAUCCGCAAGGGCGACAAGGCCGGUGUCAAGACGACCAUGUACGGCUACCAGGCACACGAGUUCCUCGACAAGUUGAUCAACCUCGUCCUACCCAAGAUCAAGGAUUGGCCCGGUGUUAACGCCAGCACGGGUGACGGCAACGGCGGCUUGGCUAUCGGUCUGAGGCCCGAUGAUCUGGCCUGGUUCCCUGAGCUCCAGAUCAACUACGACAUGUACCCUGCCAAGCUCCUUCCAGGUUGCCAUAUUUUUAUCCAGACCAGCGCCACGUCGAACCGCCAGGCCAGGCUUUUGCUCCAGGCUCUCGGCCUUCCUUUCUACGGAAAGUUUAGGGAUUAA